UUUCGUUUGUGUCGUGUACGGCGGGUGCACUGACUUCUGUGACUUGGCUGACAGCAGCAUGUUUUGAAACGCGUAGCGUGUGACUGUAGACGUUCAGUUUGCGUACGACGUUCCUCGUCAACAACUCUCUAGUCAGUUGCAUAUCUGCAAGCAGCGCAUGACCAGCCAUGACUGAAGACGUCCAGAGAAAACGGCGGGUGGCCGUGGUAGUCCUCGGUGACUUCGGACACAGCCCACGCAUGAACUACCACGCCUUGUCUCUCGCAAAGGAGAGAAUCGAGGUCGACGUAGUGGCCUAUGGUGGUUCCCAACCCGGCCAGGAGGUCCUGUCCAACCCACACAUCCACCUUCACCUCAUGAGGGAUCCACCUAGUUUUCAGAAAUAUGUUCCGAGGCUGCUGGCAUAUGCUCUCAAAGUGCUAUGGCAGUCCCUAGCCUUGUUCUUCAGCCUGAUGUUCCUGUCCAAGCCUAGCCACAUUCUUGUUCAGAAUCCCCCGUCGAUACCAACGCUACCAGUGUCAUGGUUCUGCUGCAUCUUGCGAGGUUCGCUGCUCGUGGUUGACUGGCACAACUACGGCUACUCCAUCCUGGCACUAGCACUGGGGCCGGGACACCUUCUGGUUCACACGUGCCACUGGUGCGAGAAAACAUUUGGCAAGAAGGCAGCAAGUGCGUUCUGUGUAUCUCAAGCAAUGCAAGAGGACCUGAAGUCUAACUGGGGAGUGCAAGCCGCCGUCCUCUACGACAAGCCCUCGUCCGCAUUCCAGCCAACCGGCACAGAUGAGCGGCACAGCCUCUUCCAACGUCUGGCUGCGGAGUAUCCGGAAUUGGCCCGCACUGGUGAUGCACCAGAUGCGGAGGCCAUUGGAGGAAACAUAUUCACCGAAGCUGCGCCCGACUCCGGUGCUGUGACUCUGAGGUCUGAUCGGCCGGCCCUCAUCGUCAGCAGCACCAGUUGGACAGAGGAUGAAGAUUUUUCGGUGCUCCUGGAUGCCUUGAAAAAGUAUGAUGUUCGCAAGGAGGCGGGUGACAGUGGCCUUCCAGACUUGUUUUGUGUCAUCACUGGUAAGGGCCCGCAGAAGGAGCACUACCUGUCACUGAUUCGCAACAACCCGCUGACUCACGUCAAGUUUCUGACCCCUUGGCUGUCGGCGCAGGACUACCCCAAGAUGCUGGGCUCCGCCGACCUCGGCGUGUGUCUGCACACAUCCUCGAGCAAGCUGGACCUGCCGAUGAAGGUUGUGGACAUGUUCGGUUGCGGCCUGCCUGUCUGCGCCGUCGACUACCCGUGCUUGAGGGAGCUAGUCAAACCCGGAGAGACCGGCCUUGUGUUUGAAACCAGCAGCGAGCUGUGUCAGCACAUUUGUGAGCUGCUUCAAGGAUUUCCAGAGCCGACAAAGCUUCUCGACUCCUUCAGGGCCAACGUCCACAAGUGGCAAGCUGUUCGCUGGGACGACAACUGGAGGACAGUCGCAAUGCCCAAGUUUCGCGGCGAUCUAUAGCUUCUGCCACCAAAUCCGCACACAUUGCGUCUUAAGACAGGUCUUAAGACAUGUUUAGACUAUUCAACACUGAGCCAUCAAGCAGAGGUGUGGUACAUGCGCUUAAUUUGGCACUUCUGCUCGUUGCCGCUACCAACCGGUUAUAUCUCAAUCCUGAAAAGGCAACAGGCCUGUUCUGAACGCAUCCAAUUUUUUCGAGAGUCCUUCUACAUCUUGGAACGUGGGCAUUUAAGUUAUGGGGUUUGAACUCGUAUGCUUUAUAUCGUGUUGUCUUGAAACUUCUCUUGUUUGAAACAUUUUUGUUGGGACCAAGAGUGCCUUUUAUUAUUAAUCACAAAGGAUUGUGAAUAAAAUAACUAAACCUUUCU